GAAUAGAACUACGAAAAAAAGAUUUCGACGUUUAACACGCGCACACAGGCUUCGAUAUCGCCUUUCCGGUUUUGUUUUUCGCUUCGAAUCCGUUUCAGGUGUGCCUCUACCGUCAAGCGUCUGUAGUUUACUCAGUCACCGCCUACAGACAUAACUGGUAAUACGAGAAGAAAGAAGGGUAAGACCUAUUUCUUCUCAAUAUGGCUCCCAAACGCAAGGCUACUGCGAAGUCCGCCACGCCUGCGGACGAGGUCGAGGGUCACGGCAACGAGGAGACGAUGGACGUCGAGACGCACGUGGAGGCGGAGUCUGCCUCGCAGGCAGCCCCGGAAGAGUCCAGCCACGUCGCUGCGGCUGCGGCAGAAGCGGCAGCGCCGUACACCCCUGUCCCGGUCAGUGGCUCCACCACAGAGAUCUACAGCCAGUUGCAGACCAUCCUGUCAGCGGACAGUAGCAAGGUGAACUACUACCUGCCGCAGCUGCUUGAGCUGGUGCAGGCGUCGGAGUCGGCGGAGACGCCCCUCCUCAUGCGGGUGCGCUUCGUCGAGUUUGUCGGACACCACGUCUCGCAGGUGCGCGACAACAACGCGCUGCGCAAGGUCGUCACCUCUCUUGUAAAGAUCGUCGGCGGGGAGGACAACACACCGCAGCUGCUGACGGCCGCGGUGCAGGCUUUUGCCGGCCUUGGUCCGGUGUCGGUGGUGGACAAGAACUGGGAGUACCUCGCGCGGGAGGGGGCAGAUGUGCUGAUGCAGGUGAUGAUUGACCGUGAGGCCUUCCCGGAGAGCGUGCGUCAGGCGGCGGCCAAGUCGCUCGACUCGCUGACCAACACCGCCUUCCGCUCCGUCCUGGCGAAGCUGCUCCACUGGCUCAGCCUCGAUCGCGAGGACGACGACGAGGAGCAGAUCUCGAAGGAGCGACACAUGGCCCUCACCCGCCUCUCGCGCGUGGUGAUGGCGCCCGCAAUGCAGCGCCAGCACUGGAACGAGGAGAUGGAAAAGUACGCAGAGCCGCUGCUGCAGCGCGUGCUUGGCACCGUCAACAUGCGGGAGUUUGCGCAGCUCGCACGCAUCUGCGCCAGUCUGCCGAUGAACAAGAGCAAGGGCAACCUUCCGCUGCUCGAGUGGUACGUCAGCACGCACCGGCUGAAGGACGAGCGCGACGUGGAGGCGGUGGCGAUCAUUGGCCGCCACAUCGCCAGCACCGUCGAGUACGACCUCACCUCGGCACUCGAGGCCGCGGGCCUCCUGGGCAACGACGUAAGCGGCGCCGACGACCACAGCGUGAGCGUGGCGAAGGUGAUCCUCCUCGCCAGCCGACUCGCGCCAGCUGAGGCGGCCGAGAAGCUGUACACCUACGUGAACAACCAGGUAGCGGCGAUGAUGGCUGACAUGCACGCCACGCUGACCUCCUUCAACCUCGUGACAGUCGAGGCGCUGCUCUUCGCCGCCGUCGCCGUCGCCCGCAAGCGACCGGCCGAGGCGCUGCAGAAGCUGAACAACGACGCCUUCAACGCGAGCGCAGUGGCGGCGGCUCAGGCGGCAACCACGCUGCACCACGAGGUAGUCUUUGCGGUGAAGAAGGCAGCGACGAACAAGGAGGCGACCGCGGUGGACGCAGAUGCGGCGGCCAGCCUUCUCAACAUCAAGACGAUACUGGAGGCCUUUGCGGCCAAGCGGCUGCCGCUAGCCGAGUUGCACGAGAGCUGGACACGCGGCGCCAACCCGAUGCCGGCGAUGAAGCGCAGCCGCGACGAACCGCGUGGCACCAUGCCGCCGCCGCCAGGCUCGCGCGCUGCCGAGGCCGUCGCACAGAAGCGCCACAGCAGCUCGCACCAGCAGGAACGCAAGCGUCCGCACAACGACCAUGUUGACCGCAGCCGGGGACGCAACCCAAACAACAGCGGCGACCGCAGCCACGACCGCAACGGCCGUCGCCCGCGCCGCGAUAACCGCCAUUAA